UUUCAAUUUUACCGUUGCAGUCCUCUAUCUCUUCUUUUUAUUACAGUUUGAGAGUUUCGUAGAAUCGGAGACGCAUUCCGCAUUCGUAAAGUUCGUAAAUGGAAAACCGUUGAUAUACUAUGUUGAUAUAACACACGUAAAAAGAUAUACGAAACCGCAAAUAGAAAGAUUUGAUGAUCAUUUGUAUACUAUAACACGUGUACUAUAGUGUACUUUAUUACUUCUGAUAUAAACCAUGCAAAAAGUUGGAAAGUUGAAUUCCUCGAUUGAUAUCAUACCAUUACAAGGAUCUGUCGACGAUUAUAAGUCGAAACCGAUGAAUAACAAGCACAGAAUUGAUUCUUCUCCAAGAUAUUUGCGAGAUCAACUAUUAGUUUCACGUGUACAAACGUACAUGCAUGAAAAUGAAAGUAAAGUCUAUAUUGAUGUUAAUGAAAUGGCAGAUGCCUUGCAAAAAAAAUAUAGAGAUUAUCGUACAAAAAAAAGAGGUCCCUUCAGAGCACUAGUACGAAAAGCAUAUGAUGAACUUACAGAAAUGUUUGCCAAGAAAUAUUAUUCUCGUGAAUGGACUAACUUCGACGAUGAAGAUGAUGAAGAAGAAGUAGAUGUCGAGUCAGAUCCUCAAAACAGUAUGUUGGACGGGAUGUUGUUAAAAAUGUACAAAAAUUCUCAGAACAAACAAAAUGGAAAUUCAAGUGAUAAAGAACUUAUAGACAUAAGUAGUGAUGAUGAUGUAAGCAAAGUUGACAUGAAUUCUACGAAAACAAACGAACAGGAAUAUCUAGAAAAGAAUGUACAACAAAAACCAGGCCCAUCUUCAAGUUCAGAGAAACUUAUACCUAACGUUAAAGAAGCUGAAAAACUGAAAUUGCCAUUGAAAGAAGUACAAAAAAGUACAAACAGUUCAGCAGUUGCAGUGUCAGUAAUAGAACGAACCACUAAAAAACGACAACGUGAAAAGGAUGAUGUUAAUCAAUAUAUGUUCAUGAAAAAAGCCAAAGGAAUACCGAUUUCUGAACCCAGAGUCACAUUUGCAGAUAUAGGAGGAAACGAUAAAGUCCUGAAAACUGUAUGUAAAUUACUUGCACAUAUGAAGCAUCCAGAGAUUUUUAAACAACUUGGUAUAUCACCUCCAAGAGGAUUUUUACUUCAUGGACCGCCUGGUUGCGGGAAAACUUUGUUAGCACAUGCCAUUGCAGGAGAACUGGGAUUACCACUACUGAAAGUAGCAGCACCUGAAUUGGUGGCGGGUGUGUCAGGUGAAAGUGAAGCACGAGUCAGAGAAUUAUUUGAACAGGCACUUGCAAUUGCUCCGUGUGUCAUUUUCUUGGAUGAAAUUGAUGCUGUAGCACCGCAUAGGGCUACAGCUCAGCGAGAAAUGGAAAGAAGAAUCGUUGCACAAUUAUUGUCAUGCUUAGACGAUUUGAGUUUGAAAGAGAAUGGCAGUAGAGUGUUAGUACUAGGAGCAACAAAUCGGCCUGACUCGUUAGAUCCAGCAUUGAGGAGAGCUGGCCGAUUUGAUCAUGAGGUAUGCUUGGGAAUACCAGAUCGAGAAGCGAGAACUAAAAUUUUGGCAGUUCAUACUGAAAAAGUAGCUCUCGCACCGAAUGUCAGUUUAUCCACGAUAGCUUCACUUACACCAGGUUUCGUUGGUGCUGACCUAGUUGCCUUAAUUAGAGAAGCUGCUAUGGCAGCUGUGGACAGAAUACUCGAAGAUCUAAAAUCAAUCUCAGACAAUAAAUCACCGGAAAUAACAGAAAUUAUUAGUGAUGACGCAAAAGAUGAAGAAAGUUUUGAGAACUCCGGUAACUUAAUCGAGGAAGUAAAGAUAGAGGACGCAUCUACCUCAGAUCAAAAUAAUGUUCCUAAAUUAGAGAAAGCAAACAAUCCAGGAAGCCCACAGGCGGUACAAGAAAUGGAUAUAAUACAAGAGAAUGCAAAAUCACCUGGCCUGACAGGAUUACUUACUUGGUUACGUAAUGAUCCACCGCUUCCUUCCGAGCGGCUGUCAAAUUUAUGUAUCGAACACAGCGACUUUGAAACCGCUCUUCGUAUCGUGCAGCCAUCGGCCAAAAGGGAGGGCUUUGUAACCGUUCCUGAUGUAACAUGGGAUGAUAUUGGUUCAUUGCGAGAUAUUAGAGAAGAAUUGCAAAUGGCUAUACUGGCUCCUGUUCGACAUUCCGAACAAUUUGCAGCAUUAGGGUUAACAACACCUACUGGCGUUUUAUUAUGUGGUCCACCCGGUUGUGGAAAAACAUUAUUAGCCAAAGCUAUUGCGAACGAAGCUGGUAUUAACUUUAUCUCUGUUAAAGGACCCGAACUUCUAAAUAUGUACGUGGGUGAAAGCGAAAAAGCUGUUCGGCAAUGUUUUAUCAGAGCUAGAAAUUCUGCUCCAUGCGUUAUAUUUUUUGACGAAUUGGAUGCACUAUGUCCAAGAAGGUCAGAAGGUGAUAAUUCUGCUACUUCCCGCGUUGUAAAUCAAAUGCUCACCGAAAUGGACGGAGUUGAAGGCCGACAGGGAGUAUUUCUAAUGGCCGCGAGUAAUCGUCCUGACAUCAUUGAUUCAGCAGUAUUAAGACCAGGAAGAUUAGAUAAAAUUUUAUAUAUUGAUCUGCCCACACCAGCAGACCGUGUUGAUAUUUUGAGGGCAUUGACCAAGAAUGCAACCAAACUGGCUGCGGAUGUAAAUCUCGAAGAAAUAGGGUAUAACAGCAAAUGUGAUGGUUACACCGGUGCCGAUUUGGCAGCUUUAAUCAGAGAAGCUGGAAUCGAAGCAUUGAGGGAAUUUAUGAAUAUGCAAUACACUGGGCAACCAGAAAUCUCGAUGCGACAUUUCUUAGCAGUGUUUGAUAAAAUAAGGCCGUCCGUCCACGAGAAGGAUAUUAAACAUUAUGAGAAGUUGAAAAAAAUAUAUUCGAUCAGAAAGAAAUCUGAUGAUACUGAUAUGGAAACUCCAGUAGACACGCCUAUAGUAGAUGUAGUCAUGGAAUCUAUGGAGACGUGAAAUAAGACAAGAAUCGAAUACACAAAAAUGUAAAAAAUCAUUUCCAUUGCAAAGUACUUUGAAACAAUGACAAGUAUUCAUAUUGAAGUAUAUAUAUUACGCCUUAAUUUUAUUUUUAUAGUUCAGGUAUCUUGAUAUUAAUCUUUUCAAUUAUAAACAACGUAACAUUAGAAAUUUUUGUUUGAUUUUUAGAGCAAAAGCCAGUGUCUAUAUUGUUCUGACUAUCUAUUGCAAUAUCAUGGAAUACAAUAUAAACGUUGUAUUGGUGAUGUUUGUAUAAAUAUGUAUUUAAGUAAAUUUAUAUGAUCAGAAAUAAAAGAAUCUAUGUUUAAUA